CAACCCUCGCGCUUUCCUUUCCUUUUCGCACACCCCCCUUUUUUUUUUCUAUUCAGUACAGUAUAUACGACUCUGUUAUGAGGCAUACCCUGCGCUAUGCCCGGGUGCUGCCCAACCAUAGAGGCAUUCGUCUGGCAAGCUCUUUUUUCGGUCGUUUUGGCCGGCGCCUGAGAGAACCUCCAGCCGACGUCCCUUGGCCUCAGGUGGAGAACCAUACCUCGAUGCAUCAUGGGCGGAGUAGGACCGAUCCGUUCAAAUACAUGGAAGACGCGCGGGAUGAGAGAACAAAGGCCGCAUACUUUGCCGAAAGCAGAUACGCAGAGCAUCAACUACGAAAGGCAGGGAGCUUGACCCGGCGUCUCGCUAAGGAGCUCCAUCGGACAAUCCCAUCCGCCAGUCCUCGCGACCUGCCCGAUCAAAUCGGACCGUGGCUAUACUGGACGAAAUGGGUGGACGGAGGAGUGAUACAUAUGCGAAAGCAUGUGGAUGUCGGCGUCGAUGAAAUCCUUUUGGACACCAGAUAUGUGCCCAACAAUGUCACAAAAUGCUCGAUAUCGGAUGAUCACAAAGUCUUGGCAUAUCUUACGGCCAAAGCAACCGAUGAGCAAGGAACUUUACAUAUUCUGCCCCUUGGUGGCCGAUCCGAGGCCGACGGAACACCGCGGGUGAUGGCCCACCGCGUGACCGGCGUUUUCAACUUUGUGUGGGCAGAUGGUCAUAGAUCCAUAUACUAUACCCGACUGGAUCCAACACUGCGGGCCUUAAAGGUGUACAAACAUUCUGUACUCGAUCAUGGAACAGAGGAUGCGUUGAUGUACGAGGAGGCGGACGAAGCGUUUUUUUUGGAUGUAUCUAGCAGUAGGGAUAAGAGAUAUGUAUUCAUCAAUUGUAAUUCCACCGAGACUUCUGAAGCAUUGGCUAUCCGGUCCGAUCCGAGUGGGUCUGAGAUAUCUGCAACACCCGUUGUGGUCAUCCCUAGAUCAACAGGCACCAACUACUUCGUGGAUCACCAUGGGGACUCUUUCUACCUCCUCCACAACCAUCAAUCCCCAACAAUGUCCCUCGGCGCCCUCCCCUCCACCCUCUCAAAAGCCACAUGGUCCGCCGUCCAACCCAUCAUCACAACCGACUCCGACAGCACAAUCGAAGGCAUCGAGCUCUUCCGCGACUUUGCGUUCUUGUACGGCAAGGAACGCGGCGUGGCUGAGUUGACGUGUUUUGACUUUAGAACUCGUGAGACGGUGGUUGUCGAGACGGAGGAGAAGAUCGCGAGUGCUGCUCCUGGGACGAACUUGACGUAUGACACCGCCAAGGUCCGCUUUAAAUCCUCCUCGCCGUUAGUGAUGGAUAAAGUGUAUGAAUAUGACAUGGAGCUGAGGACGCUCAGGACACUGUCAUGUCAGAGACCUGAAGGCAUCAACCCGGACGAUUUUGUAGUCGAACGUGUGUUCGUGAGUGCUAGGGACGGUGUGCAGGUUCCCGUCACACUCUUACGGCCAAAGUCGAGGAUACGGGAUGGCAGGAACCCAGUAGUCAUCCGCGCGUACGGUGCUUACGGAGUCAGCCUCGAGCCCCAUUUCCGCCUCGAAGCCAUGCCCCUAAUCCGACGCGGAUUCAUCAUUGCCUUGGCGCAUGUCAGGGGCGGCAGCGAGAUGGGAGCUGCGUGGUAUGACAUGGGCCGACUGAUGAACAAGCGGAAUUCGAUGAACGAUCUUGUCGAUGUUGUCGAAUAUCUCGUGAGGGAGAGGUGGACUGAGCCGGGGUUGGUGGUUGGGCAUGGGACGAGUGCUGGGGGUAUGCUCGUCGCAAGCGCCUGGCAUCAAAGACCGGACCUUUUCCGCUGCCUCAUCCUGCACGUCCCCUUCCUCGACCCCCUCUCCUCCAUGCUCUCCGCCACCUCUCCGCUCGCACCCGCCGAACGCAGCGAAUGGGGCGACCCCCUCACUUCCCCCGCCGCAUUCGACUACAUCUCCUCCUACGCGCCCUACGACAACCUCUCAAGUGUCUCCGCGGGGUGCAGGACGAGUAUGUUGGUGACGGUGUCGAGUGAGGAUAUGAGGGUGCCGGCUUGGCAGGGGUUGAAGUGGGUGAGUAGGUUGAGGAGGGGGUGGCCGGGGGUUUAUGGACCGGGGGUGGAGGGGAAGGGAGGGCCGAGGCUGCUGUUGAGGGUGGUGGAUGAUCAGGGGCAUGUUGUGGGUACGAUGGGGGGCAGGUUGGAGAGAGCGGCGGUGGAGUGUGGGUUUAUUUUGAGGGAGCUGGGGAGGUACCUCGUCGUCAUGUUGACCUCCGACCAAACCCAUACCUCCUUAGACUUGCUGAGUUCGUACCCUGCCCUGUAUGUGAGCGGUCUGUUGCCGACCAUCAACGAACUGGACAUUGCGAACGUCUUGAAUAAUAUCGGGAUGGAAGCUAAAGUUCGGAUCGAACGGGACGCUCAGACGGGCGCUCCGUUGGGGACUAUUAUCUUUCGCCACCUUCCCGACGCCCUUCGCUUCUACGCAACGGUCAACGGAAGCAUGUUUCUGGGCAGCAAAGCUCAUUUAACGUUCAAAGACGGGAACAUGAAUUUUUCGACCACCUCCGGGGCCAAACCGAUAGUCGCGAAACAUAUCCCACUCGGAAUCAAUUCCCUGGCCUUCUACGACCAAGUCGUUGGUUUUGGUCCGAUCAUGUCAUGCAAAGUCAUGCUUGAUCGGUGCGGAACUGAGGCGUUUGCGCUGCUGCAAUUUGAGAAACAGGAUGAUGCGGAGAGGUGUUUGGCGCAGAUGAACGGGACGUCUGUUCGCGGAAAGACUUUGGCCCUCGCAUGGAAAUACGAAAAGAAGAGCCCCUACCAGUACCCAUCCGUGCGCCCGUCCUCCACUCUCUUCGGCCAACAAAGUUCUGCAGACACCACCGACGCACCUCAGGCGUCCAGCAGUCACGUAUCGACCUCAUCCAUCAAGACCGUCGCACAAGCAAACCAAUGGGGACCGCUUACCCCACCAGGGUCACCAUCUGUGACCACCCUAGUUGAGAAGAAAACUCCCAACCCCAACGCCGCACCAUGGACUCCGUCGGCCAGCCCUGAAUCUAGCCCGGGCUACCCGUUCCCUGCAUCCGCAAGCGGGACCGUCGAAGCCAACACAACUGUGGACUGGAAAAAGGCGUGGGAAGCCAAGAACGCUCCUGUCCCACCUAUUUCCCGUACCCUGGACGCCAGGAACCUGUACGUCAAGAACCUCGAGGACUCCGUCGACAAUGUCGAGCUCUUCAACAUGUUCCGCAAAUUCGGCCGCGUCAUCUCCGCCCGUGUGAUGAGAGACGAGCCGGAUGGGACAAGCAGAGGUUUUGGAUUUGUCUCGUUUGACACUGCCGAGCAGGCUGCUCGCGCGUUGCAGGAGAUGCAUGGCGCGGAGUUUGGCCGAAAGACGCUUGUCGUUAACAUCGCUGAACCGAAGGGGUACCGGCAGACAAAGUUGGCGCGGAUUCAUGGUGCCAAAGUCGGCAGCGUAUGAGCGGAGCGGUCCGGCGUAUAUAUUAUUGAUCCCUUUUUUUCCUCAGGAAGACAGUUAUUCCCCUAUACCUUACCUCAUGCAUACUCAAGUUAUAGUUAUAGAUAGAAACGCACUCCCUUCAGAGAACAUCACCAUAUAUCACCAUAUAUCACCUCACCACUCCCACGCAAUGUAAAACGAAUAAAUAAAAGAAAAAAAAUGAGACCUUUCCUCUCGCAGACGACCAACUCAAAUGCCUUAAAGGAUGCAAGGAUAUAUGGCUGACUAUUUAUUAGAUGGUUUCACGACCACGAUCC